CUACUGGUUUUGAAGUUACCCUGCCAGACAACAUACUAACAGUCACCGGGACAGAAGAGGGAGAAUAAGCUGCUGUUUCUCUUCAAAUGUUUCCUCUACACAUGAAGGUGGAAGGUGUCUGUGCGGCGCUAAAGUGAAUUACAUUAAGGUCAGACGGCAGCAGCAGAGACCAGACUCUCCUGAACCUACCCUGGUCUCCAUGAAUAGUGAUGUGUCCAUGGACCGUCCUAAAGAAGGACAACCUGCUGAUGGAAUUAUGCAGCAGCAGAAAGCGAACUCUGAACCUAACCGGAUCUCCAUGAAAAGUGACAUGUCUAAGCAGCAUCCUGUUCACUUUACAGAUGGACAGCCUGCUGAUGGAACGAUGCAGCAGCAGAGAGCAGACUCUACUGAACCUAACCGGAUCUCCAUGAAAAGUGACAUGUCUAAGCAGCAUCCUGUUCACUUUGCAGAUGGACAGCCUGCUGAUGGAACAGUGGAUGUGGAGAGCUCAGAGGUUCCCAGUGAUCAGCCUACUAAGCAGCAUCAACCAGACGUGGACUGUGUAUUUAUGCUGCUGGAGAAGAACAUUGCGACUUUUGUAAAGAUGGAGCUAAAGAAGAUCCAGAGGUUCCUAAAACCAGAUUAUCCAGAAUGUUUAAAAAGUCACAUGGAGGAUGAGGAGGUGUUAGACAGGACUGAUGAAGAGCAGAGGGGGGGCAUCAGAGAGUCAUUUCUGAAGAUCACUUUGAACUUCCUUAGAAAGAUGAAUCAGGAGGAGCUGGCUGAAUGUCUUCAAAGCAGAACUGAAGCUGCAGCAUGUCGACGUGAAUUUCAGUCUAACCUUAAGGUUAAGUUCCAAUGUGUGUUUGAGGGAAUCACUAAAGCAGGAAACUCAACCCUGCUAAACCAGAUCUACACAGAGCUCUACGUUACAGAGGGAGGGACUGGAGAGGUCAACGAUGAACAUGAGGUCAGACAGAUUGAAACAGCGUCCAGGAAACUGGACAGAGCAGAAAGAACAAUCAGACAGGAAGACAUGUUUAAAGGCUCACAUGGAAGAGGUAAACCAGUCAGAACAGUGAUGACAAAGGGAGUGGCUGGCAUUGGGAAAACAAUCCUAACACAGAAGUUCACUCUGGACUGGGCUGAAGACAAAGCCAACCAGGACAUACACUUCACGUUUCCAUUCACCUUCAGAGAGCUGAAUGUGGUGAGAAAGAAAAAGUUCAGCUUGGUGGAACUUGUUCAUUACUUCUUUACUGAAACCAAAGCAGCAGGAAUCUGCAGGUUUGAAGAGUUCCAGGUGGUGUUCAUCUUGGACGGUCUGGAUGAGUGUCGACUUCCUCUGGACUUCCACAAUAAUAAGAUCCUGACUGAUGUCACAGAGUCCACCUCAGUGGAUGUGCUGCUGACAAACCUGAUCAGGGGGAACCUGCUUCCCUCUGCUCGCCUCUGGAUCACCACACGACCUGGAGCAGCCAAUCAGAUCCCUCCUGGCUGUGUUGACCUGGUGACAGAGGUCAGAGGGUUCACUGACCCACAGAAGGAAGAGUACUUUAGGAAGAGAUUUAGAGAUGAGCAGCAGGCUACAACAAUCAUCUCCCACAUCAAGGCGUCACGAAGCCUCCACAUCAUGUGCCACAUCCCAGUCUUCUGCUGGAUCACUGCUACAGUUCUGGAGGAUGUGUUGAAAACCAAUGAUGGAGGAGAGCUGCCCAAGACCCUGACUGAGAUGUUCAUCCAGUUACUGGUCGUCCAGUCCAAAGUGAAGGCCAUCAAGUAUGAUGGUGGAGCUGAGACAGAUCCUCACUGGAAUAAAAACAACAAAAAGAUGAUCAAGUCUCUCGGAAAAGUGGCUUUUGAGCAGCUACAGAAAGGCAACAUAAUCUUCUGUGAAUCAGAUCUGACAGAGUGUGGCAUUGACAUCAGAGCAGCCUCAGUUUACUCAGGAGUGUUCACACAGAUCUUUAAAGAGGAGAGAGGACUGUACCAGGACAAGGUGUUCUCCUUUAUUCAUCUGAGUGUUCAGGAGUUUCUGGCUGCUCUUCAUGUGCAUCGGACCUUCAUCAACUCUGGAGUUAAUCUGCUUUCAGAACAACGAUCGACAUCCAAGUUAGCUAAACUUUUUAAAGAUAAACCUGAACCAUCACAGUUCUACAAUAAUGCUGUGGACCAGGCCUUACAGAGUCCAAAUGGACACCUGGACUUGUUCCUCCGUUUCCUUCUCGGUCUUUCAUUGAAGAGCAACCAAGCUCUCCUUCAAGGCCUUUUGACCAAGACAGGAAGUAGAUCACAGACCAGCCAGGAAACCGUCCAGUACAUAAAGAAGAAGAUCAGUGAGAAUCUGUCUGCAGAGAAAAGCAUCAACCUGUUCCACUGUCUGAAUGAACUGAAUGAUCAUUCAUUAAUGGAGGAGAUUCAACAGAACCUGAGAUCAGGAUGUUUGUCUACAGAUAAACUGUCUCCCGCUCAGUGGUCAGCUCUGGUUUUCAUCUUACUGUCAUCAAAAAAAGAUCUGGACGUGUUUGACCUGAAGAAAUACUCUGGUUCAGAGGAGGUUCUUCUGAGGCUGCUGCCAGUGGUUAAGGCCUCCAACAAAGCUCUACUAAGUGGCUGUAACCUCACAGAGAGAAGCUGUGAAGCUCUGUCCUCAGUUCUCAUCUCUUCUAAUCUGAGAGAACUGGACAUGAGUAACAAUGACUUGCAGGACUCAGGAGUGAAUCUGCUCUGUGAUCAACUGAAGAGUCUGCAUUGUGAAGUGAGAAGCCUCAGACUCAGUGGCUGUAAUUUAUCAAAGAGAAGCUGCGGAGCCCUGUCCUCAGUUCUCUGCUCCCAGUCUUCUAGUCUGAGAGAACUGGAUCUGAGUAACAAUGAGCUGAAGGACUCAGGAGUGAAGCUGCUGUCAACUGGACUGAGGGACCAACACUGCAAACUGGAGACUCUUGGUCUGUCAGGUUGUCAGAUCACAGAACAAGGCUGUGUCUCUCUGGCCUCAGCUCUGAGCUCCAACCCCUCCCAUCUAAGAGAGCUGGACCUGAGCUACAAUCAUCCAGGAGACUCAGGAGUGAUGCUCCUGUCUGCUGGACUGGAGCAUUCACACUGGAGACUGGAAAGUCUCAGGUUGGACAAUGGUGGGCAACAGUGGAUUAAAUCUGGUCUGAGGAAAUGGGCCUGUGAACUGGAAGUGGACCUAAACACAGUGAACGGAAAACUACAGCUGUCUGACAACAACAGGGAGGUGACAUGGAUGAGGGAAGAUCAGUCGUAUCCUGAUCAUCCAGACAGAUUUAACUUCUGGCCUCAGCUGCUGUGUAGAAAUGGUCUGACUGGUCGCUGUUACUGGGAGGUUGAGUGGACCGGAGAGGUUCAUAUAUCAGUGAGUUACAGAGGAAUCAAAAGAACAGGAGCCAUCAGUGACUGUUGGUUUGGAAUGAAUGAACAGUCCUGGAGUCUGGACUGCUGUGAUGACAGUGGUUACUCUGUCUGUCACAACAGCAAAGUCACAUCCAUCCCCUCCUCCUCUUCCUUUUAUUUAAACAAAGUAGCUGUGUAUGUGGACUGUCCUGCCGGCAUUCUGUCCUUCUACAGAGUCUCCUUUGACAAACUGAUCCACCUCUACACCUUCAGCACCACAUUCACUGAACCUCUUUAUCCCGGGUUCUGGAUCAGCCCCUGUUCCUCAGUGUCUCUGAGUGUGUCGAUGUGACUGUCUCUCCUAAUUGAAUCAGUUCUUGUGUUUUUUUAAACUGCCGGUACAGUUAACCUUCAGAGAAAUUGGUUCCAUUGUGGUGUCAAUGUGUGAAUGUUGUGUAUAUGCUCAGAUCCUUGAAGCAGGCCGAGCCACCUUACUGUAGGUGAUCUCUUCUUCACUUGUGAGGGUAAAGUUAGACUUUUAUCAGGACACAAAUGUUUUCUGGCUUACGUUUAAAAUGUCACACAUUCCUGUUGUUUUGAAUCUGGUUAAUGACUGAAACUGAAACUAUUACCAGGGUUGUUAUUAAUCUGUUGUUUAAUCAAACUGUGAACUGCUGAAUAACAAUCACCCUCUGGAGAUACAGUAAUACAGUAGCUUGAAAUGAAGCUCUUCAGUAAAGAAUAAACACAAGUGUCUGUUUCCUGA